UCUGUAUUUUCGCUUUCCCUUUCUCUGCCCGCCAUGAAUACGAGCUUGGGGUCGAGCGCAGAGCUCUUCAAUGGCAUCGCAGCUGCUGCUGUUUCUCACAAACCCAUCCCUGUAAAACCCCUUCUCUUCAAAUUCAACACCCCAUUUCAUAGCUUCCCCAAAAGACUUCACCUUUUAUCCCUCUCUUCUUCUUCCAAUAGAAGAAUCAGAACAACCUCAGAAAUCUCGUGUUCUAAGAUCGAAGAAGCCGUUGGGGGUCUCACUUACAAGGAUGCCGGUGUUGAUAUCGACGCUGGGUCCGAGCUCGUCCGCAGGAUUGCCAAGAUGGCCCCUGGGAUCGGAGGGUUCGGAGGGCUUUUCCCUUUGGGGGAUUCUUACCUUGUUGCGGGUACAGAUGGUGUGGGUACCAAACUCAAGCUUGCUUUUGAGACUGGGAUCCAUGAGACUAUUGGGAUUGAUCUGGUAGCUAUGAGUGUGAAUGACAUCGUUACUUCCGGAGCGAAACCACUAUUCUUCCUUGAUUACUUUGCUACAAGUCAUCUUGAUGUGGAUCUUGCUGAGAAGGUGAUAAAAGGGAUCGUUGAUGGAUGCCAACAGUCCGACUGCGCUCUCUUAGGGGGGGAGACUGCAGAAAUGCCAGAUUUCUAUGAAGAUGGAGAAUAUGACCUCAGUGGUUUUGCAGUUGGCAUUGUAAAAAAGGACUCGGUCAUUGACGGGAAAAACAUUGUAGCUGGAGAUGUUCUCAUUGGUCUUCCAUCGAGCGGGGUUCAUUCUAAUGGGUUCUCCCUUGUUAGAAGAGUCUUGGCUAAAAGUGGCCUUUCUUUGAAGGACCAACUUCCUGGAGGCAGCAACAAACUAAUCACAUUAGGUGAAGCUCUAAUGGCUCCAACCAUCAUAUAUGUCAAACAGGUGCUUGACAUUAUUAGCAAGGGAGGCGUCAAAGGGAUAGCUCACAUCACAGGUGGUGGUUUCACAGACAAUAUACCCCGCGUCUUUCCGAAGGGCCUUGGAGCUACUAUCUAUAAAGACUCUUGGGAAAUCCCUGCCGUUUUCAAAUGGAUUCAAGAGGCCGGAAGAAUUGAAGAUGCCGAGAUGAGGAGAACAUUCAAUAUGGGUAUUGGGAUGGUUCUCGUAGCAAGUCCUGAGGCAUCAGUUAGAAUACUUGAGGACACACAUGGAGGAUAUUCAGCUUACCGCAUUGGUGAGGUGACAAGCGGCGAAGGUGUGACUUACGAGUAAUGUGACUAAAUUAUAGGAUGUUGUCAAUAAUAGAGAGAGAGAGAGAGAGAGAGAGAGAGAGAGAGAGAGGCGAUUUUGUACUUUGUUUCACCAAUAAGCUAAUAUAUUGUAACUUCGAUUUGGGUUUAAAGCGUGUGUGGUUUGGUCAACUUUUGUAGCCAAGGGUCCGUCUGGAUGGGAUGGGAAUCCUUACCUUUUGGAUUUUGUAUGACAGGGAUUUUCAUCCAUAAAGGCUGGGGUGUUUGGUU